AUGAAGGUCAAUAUCGCUUCUCUUGCGGUAGCUUUUACGCUCAGCACUUCCACCGUGUUGGGUGCCGCGACAACAAAAACAACCGAGAAACGCGGCAGUAUCACCCCCAUCACAGUGAAAGGCAACGCCUUCUUCCAGGGUGAUAACCGCUUCUACAUUCGCGGUGUCGACUAUCAGCCCGGUGGAUCAUCCAAGCUCGCAGACCCUAUUGCCGAUGCCGAUGGUUGCAAGCGCGAUAUCCAGAAAUUCAAAGAUCUGGGCUUGAAUACCGUCCGUGUGUACUCCGUCGAUAACUCCCAGGAUCAUGAUGAGUGUAUGAAUGCGUUAGCCGAUGCUGGAAUCUACCUGGUACUUGAUGUCAACACCCCGAAAUACGCUAUCAACCGCGCCGAUCCCUCGAAGUCGUACAAUGAUGUCUAUCUCCAGUACAUCUUCGCCACUGUUGAGAUGUUUGCCAAGUAUGACAACACCCUGGCGUUCUUUUCAGGCAACGAAGUCAUCAACGAUGGACCUUCAUCCAAGGCCGCUCCCUACGUUAAAGCCGUUACUCGCGAUCUCCGCUCAUACCUGCGAUCUCGUGACCUCCGUCAUGUUCCAGUCGGAUACUCUGCAGCCGACAUUGACACAAACCGACUCGAGAUGGCCCAAUACAUGAACUGUGGUACCGAUGAUGAGCGUAGUGACUUCUUUGCUUUCAACGACUACUCUUGGUGCGACCCAUCCUCGUUCCAGAUCUCUGGCUGGGACCAAAAGGUGAAGAACUUCACAGGCUAUGGUCUUCCACUCUUCCUUUCCGAAUACGGCUGCAACACCAACACCCGAAAGUUUGAGGAGGUCAGCUCUCUGUACUCCACUGAUAUGACUGGUGUCUACUCCGGUGGCCUGGUGUACGAGUAUUCCCAAGAGUCAAGCAAGUACGGCCUUGUGGAGAUCAGUGGAGAUUCAGUCAAGGAGCUUCCCGACUAUGAUUCCUUGAAGACAGCCUUCUCGAAGACCUCCAACCCCAAGGGUGAUGGCGACUACAACAGCACCGGUGGCGCCGAUGCCUGUCCUACAAAGAAUGCACCCAACUGGGAUGUCGACAGUGACUCCCUGCCUGCCAUGCCGGCACCCGCCAAGAAGUAUCUGACAGCUGGUGCUGGACAGGGCAAGGGAUUCAGUGGUGGAGGCAGCAUGGAUGCAGGCACCGAAUCCACCACAACUGCCACAGCAGGAUCCGGCGCUGUCGCUACUGCUACAUCUUCCACUUCCAGCACCAGUUCCAAGGGUGCUGCCGCAGGUCUUCAGCCACCUCGCUUUGCGAUGGCUCCCAUUGCGGUUGGCUUUGUGACUGUUUUGUCCACUCUUCUCGGCGCUAGCCUCAUUCUUCUGUAA